CAAACACCCCAUUAUUGAGAUCGUCAUCCACCGACCAAGAAAGUCGCCAUGACUUCGACGCGCAAGUUUUGCUGCGAUGACUUGUUCCGCUUCAACAAUGUCAACCUGGACGUGCUAACGGAGACCUACAACAUGUCCUUCUACCUUCAGUAUCUGUCCAAGUGGCCGGAUUAUUUCUUAGUGCAGGAGGACCCGAACAACACCAUCAUGGGCUACAUCAUGGGCAAGGCCGAAGGCCAAGGCACCAACUGGCACGGACACGUGACGGCGGUGACUGUGGCCCCGGAGUUCCGUCGUCUCGGACUAGCCAAGAAUCUCAUGGACUACCUGGAGAACGUGUCGGUAGAACUCUACGACGCGUACUUCGUGGACCUGUUCGUGCGUGUCUCCAACUCGCUGGCUAUCGGGAUGUACGAGAAGUUCGGUUACUCGGUCUAUAGACGCGUUCUCGGGUACUAUUCCAGUGCAGACGACGGGGAAGAUGCCUUUGAUAUGAGGAAGGCGCUGCCUCGAGACGUCCACAAGAAGUCGAUCAUACCAUUGCCGCAUCCGAUCACCCCAGAUCAAUUGUAGGGGGUCUUCUCUUGUGAAGGACAAUUUUUUUUUCUUUUUUAAGAAAAUGUGUUGUUUUACAUGGUGAUCUUUUUUUUUUUAUCAUCAUGGUAACGCAAAGGGUGCAAUAG